GGGGGGGUUUCUUCUUCUUUGGGGUGGGGGAAGCUUAAUUCAACUUUCUUACUGCAACUGUCACUCUUUAUGCUUUAACUGGUGCUUUAUAUUCACAUUCUAAUCAACUCAAAGGACAAGAAAGAACAAAUCCAAGAUUACCUUUAAGCAACUUCUAUAACUUAAGCGUCCGACCUCCCGCACCCUACAAAAGAUGAUUGAAACACUUGUAACAUCCAAUGCUCAAGAUCUUCUUUGCCAGCUGAACUCACUCUUGGAGCUGGAAGUGAAAUGCCAGCCAAAGGUUUGUGGUUUACGUCUGAUUGAAUCUACCCAUGACAAUGGCCUCCGGAUGACCGCCAAACUGCGUGACUUUGAAGUGAAGGAUUUGCUUAGCUUGACUCAAUUCUUCGGUUUUAGGACUGAGACCUUCUCGUUAUCUGUGAAUCUUUUGGACAGGUUCUUAUCCAAAAUGAAGGUACAAGCAAAACAUUUAGGCUGUGUUGGACUUACCUGUUUCUACCUUGCUGUAAAAGCAAUAGAAGAAGAAAGGAAUGUUCCGCUUGCAACAGACCUGCUAAGGAUAAGCCAAUAUAAGUUCACUGUUUUUGACAUGAUGCGUAUGGAAAAGAUUGUUCUGGAAAAGUUGGGUUGGAAAGUUAAAGCUACGACAGCCGUACACCUCUUGCAUCUAUAUCAUUCCCUUGUGUUUGACAACUUGACAAGUGAAAGAAAAAAGCUGCUUUCUCUAGAGAGACUUGAAACUCAUCUGAAAGCUUGCCACUGUAGGAUUGGCUUUUCCAAAGCUAAGCCCUCCAUGCUGGCGUUGUCAAUAUUGGCACUGGAGAUUCAAGAACAGAAGCUGUUUGAGCUAUUGGAUGCGAUGGAAUGUCUGCAGAAUCAUUCCAAUAUUAGCAGCAGAGACCUGCACUGUUGGAAGGAACUGGUAGGCAAAUGCCUUUCUGAAUAUGCCUCCAGUAAAUGUUCUAAGCCAAACGUUCAAAAGCUCAAGUGGAUUGUGUCAGGACGCACAGCAAGGCAACUGAAGCACAGUUACUACAGGAUAGCACAUCUUCCAACAAUUCCAGAAUCUGGCUCCUAAAAGGGUAUUAAAAUCAUCAUCCAACAUGCUUUUGACAUCACUUUUAGUAUGGAAUGCAAAACUUUUCACGUCGAAUAUAUCCAAGCUGUGAAGCCUGAAGAAAACAUGGCAGCUAGUUUUAGGUUUUUUGGGUUUUUUUGGGGGAAAAUACGCACAGGACACAGUUCUCAUGAAAUAUUCACAAAAGGGACGUUCAACACCUAUUGUGGCUUCUGCGGCACUUUUAACUGUGGCCUAUAAUAAGAGAAUGAAGAAUGGUAGAUCAGUCACGUUGAGGCCGUGUUAAGAGUUUCCAACGUUUUUUUUUAAAUGAAAUUUUACAGACAUUUGGAGAGUAGAGUGCAUGAAAUGCAUAUUGUUGAGAUCACUGGGGUUUGGGGAUUUUUUUUUCACCCGGGUGCAUUGCCUGCCAAAUACACUACAAAGAGAGUUCUGUUUCUCCUCAAUAGAUCUGCUGCGUCAUCCGAAUUAGGAGUGAAACCUUGUGCGCUAUGUGUCUCUGAAAACGAAAUGCACUUUAUUUGUCUUAGAAAACAUUUGCAAAUGUUUUAUAUUUGUCUCUAUCUAAGCACUUGGUAGGGCAGCCCUAGGAAAGUUAAGAUGUAAUUGAAAUUAACUGGCAAUUGCAACGUAUUUAUUUGAGAAUCAGGGGACGUGCCUGUCUCCGCUAAAGUGUUUCAUGGGCAGAGGUCAAAAAGGAUAGCAUCGGUUCAGUAUAAAAUAUGCUUUAUCUUCGUCAGUGGCUUUGUAUGUGUGAGCUUGCGCUUUAAACCGUGCAAAGCAUUUGUGUCGCGCUUCUGCGUCUGACUUUAUCCGUUGCAUCUUCAUAAACAUGGAUACUGUAUUUAUUUGACAUGUUUGAAUACCACAUAUUUAUUCCCAUAGUUUUCUAGGUGAGAAGAUUCUGUCUGCACUGAAAGGGGCAAAACUACACAGAAACGAAGAGAAGUCCCUAUUUAACAAGAAUGUCCUAACUGGUCCUUUAAAUGAAUAGUCAGAUUUCAUAAGCAACGGCCAUAUUGCUUUUAAAUACAGUUAGAAGAGAAGCAUGUUAGCGAUUACUAUGUCUUAAAUUCACUGUUGAAUUUGAAAAGAUACUUAGCGGGUUAUUUACUAAACUCCUGUUGGGCUUUUUGGGGCAAAACUCAAAUUUUUGGGGUUUUUGUUUUACUCGAAUUUUCGAGAUUUAUUAAAGCUCUACGCAGCCCAAAUCCGAAAAUCCACCAUCUAAACUUGCCAAGGUUAUGUAUAAGUCAAUGACAAAGGUCCCUUUCCUAUUCUGAAGUUUAUGCGGUCUGCACUGGAAUUAGCCUGAAAAAUCAACCUUUUCAGGCAACAAUCUAAAAAAUUCUGGCUUUUUAGUAAAAACCUGAAAAAAUCAAGCGAUUCAGGAAAAAUCAAGCUUAUUUAAUAAUAAAUAAGGUCAAAUCGUGGAUUCUAGUUUGGUCGGACUUUUUUCUUUAUACAAAA